AUGAAAACCAUCGUAGCAAUUAUCAUCCUUUCGCAAGUCCUUGUCAUCUUUGGUGAACCCAACAACCAUGACACAUUGUCUGCGCGAUCCUCCGGAUUCGAAAAAGAUCCCGGCUCGACUUCUUUUGUAAAAAGGAAACAUGAGAAGAGGCAAGCCCCAGUAUUACCAGGGAUGAUGACCUGCUUUAUUACCACCACACUUCGUCUAUCAGGAUUUGCGGCUGACUGCUAUGAUGCUAUCGCGUUCCUGUAUGAUCCGAGUUACCCACCAUGUGCCAUUUGCCGUACUUGUGUAGUCUAUCCACUUGAUGGCGAAGAAAAGCCACUGGCAGGUCUUCAUGACGAACAGGGUAACAUUCUGCCGCCGAAGUUGACUCAGCCCGAAAUGAAUUCCGGCUAUGACGCGAAGUUCGCCGGCAAGGGGUAUGAUGGUUCCCCAAAUUGCGACAAUUAUGUAUUACCAGAGGGUGUGCAACUUACGGAUCCAGAUCAUGUUCCGAAACCUGGUACCUAUUAUUCACCCUUCCUUAUGUCAACAAUGUCAGGACAGGGUGACGCGUGUAUGGCUUGUAACGCUACUUUGACAAAGCAAGUUUUCGAUCAAGGAGGAUAA